AUGAAACCAAAUCAAAGCUCUCUCCUUCCACACGCACAACAAUUUUGCGAGUGGUUCUCUCAGCAACGACUCUCCCUCUCUAAAUACAUGUCCUCGAAAGAAGAACAACUGAUGCAUGCUCCUCAGUUUUGUAUCGUUCAUGUACCCAUGACGUUUAUUGAAGAAUUUAUUCAACAAUUUCUACUUCCUCUCUUUAAUAACCAAUAUCAAUAUGAAACCUUAAAAACUCAAUUUUGUAAAACUCUUCAUGAUGAAUUGAAAAUCAAUAUUGUUGAAUCAUCAUCGGACUCUCAAAAGCCAUUACAAUUUAAACGUUUUGUCGUAUUGAGUGAUAGUCAUUGUCAAGAACAAGCCCUCUAUCCGAAAAUUCCCAACGGAGAUAUCGUGCUGCAUUGUGGAGACUUUACCGAUCGCGGCUCAUUCGAAGAAAUUCAACAAUUUAAUUCCUUAUUGGGAACCUUAAAGAAAAAUGGAAAAUGUAAAUUAACGAUUUGCAUUUCGGGAAAUCAUGACUUGAUGAUGGAUCCAAAAUUGAAUACACAAUUGAAUGCGGAGCAAAUUUUCAACAAGAAGGAACAUCCUCUAUUGCCCGACUGUGAUUAUUAUUUGUGUAAUAAUUCACUCAUAUUGGACGGAGCCAUCAAAAUAUAUGGUUCUCCCAUCACUCCAUUCCAGGGAUUCCAUGCAGAAACGAAGGAAGCUUUUCAAAUGUGGCAACGAAUGGAUUCCGAUGCAGAUAUCGUCAUGACUCAUAAUCCGCCCUAUAAUAUUCUUGAUUUGGCUUGGGUUUCACAAGGAACUAAGGGACGUUGUUCCACUUGUAAUCGAGAACAUCCAAAGGGAUCUCAUUGGGGUGAUUUCUGGCUCAAGCACGCAUUGAUACAUCGAGUGAAGCCAACUGUUGCAUGUUUCGGGCAUGUACAUGAUGAGCCUGGUUAUGUGAGACAUUCCAUUGAGGAGUUAGUCCAACAAGAGGAUCAUCAAAAGCAGUUGUUUAACAUUCCAUCCACGAAUCACUAUGGCAAUGGCGUCAGUUCGAAAACUACAAGUCACAACAAUAUUACAUUUUUGAAUGCUGCUUUGGAUUUGACACACCGAGUGUACUUUUUUGAUUAUUUCUAUGAACCUAAUUCCAAAGUAGAAUUUUUCUGA